AUGAACAACUUCAUCCUCCUGGAAGAACAGCUGAUCAAGAAGUCCCAGCAGAAGAGAAGGACUUCUCCCUCGAAUUUUAAAGUCCGUUUCUUUGUUUUAACGAAAGCCAGCCUGGCAUACUUCGAGGAUCGCCAUGGGAAGAAGCGCACGUUGAAAGGCUCCAUUGAACUUUCCAGAAUCAAGUGUGUGGAGAUCGUCAAGAGUGACAUUAGCAUCCCAUGCCACUAUAAGUACCCUUUUCAGGUCAUGCAUGACAACUACCUCCUGUAUGUGUUUGCUCCAGACUGUGAGAGCCGGCAGCGCUGGGUGCUUACCCUUAAAGAAGAAACAAGGAAUAACAACAGCCUGGUGUCCAAGUAUCAUCCUAAUUUCUGGAUGGAUGGACGGUGGAGGUGCUGUUCCCAGCUGGAGAAGCUUGCAGUAGGCUGUGCCCCCUAUGACCCAACCAAGAACGCUUCAAAGAAGCCUCUUCCUCCUACACCCGAAGACAACAGGAGAUCACUUCAGGAACCCGAAGAAACCCUGGUCAUUGCCUUGUAUGACUACCAAACCAAUGACCCCCAGGAGCUUGCCCUGCAGUAGGAUGAAGAGUACUACCUUCUGGACAGCUCCGAGAUCCACUGGUGGAGGGUUCAAGACAAGAACGGGCAUGAAGGAUAUGCACCAAGUAGUUACCUGGUGGAAAAAUCUCCAAAUAGCCUUGAAACCUAUGAGUGGUACAAUAAAAACAUCAGCCGAGACAAAGCUGAAAAACUUCUCUUGGACACGGGUAAAGAAGGAGCAUUCCUGGUCCGAGAUUCCAGGAUACCCGGGACAUACACAGUCUCUGUGUUCACCAAGGCCAUCAUAAGUGAGAACCCCUGUAUAAAACAUUAUCAUAUCAAAGAAACAAAUGACAACCCCAAGCGAUACUAUGUGGCUGAGAAGUAUGUGUUUGACUCCAUCCCUCUCCUCAUCAAGUAUCACCAGUACAAUGGAGGAGGUUUGGUUACUCGACUCCGGUACCCAGUGUGCUCCUGGAGGCAGAAAGCCCCAGUGACAGCAGGGCUAAGAUAUGGGAAGUGGGUGAUCCACCCCUCAGAGCUAACUUUUGUGCAGGAGAUUGGCAGUGGGCAAUUUGGGCUGGUGCACCUUGGCUAUUGGCUCAACAAGGACAAGGUGGCCAUCAAGACCAUUCAGGAAGGGGCGAUGUCAGAGGAGGACUUUAUUGAAGAGGCCGAGGUCAUGAUGAAACUCUCUCAUCCCAAACUGGUACAGCUCUAUGGGGUGUGCCUGGAGCAAGCCCCCAUCUGCCUGGUGUUUGAGUUCAUGGAACAUGGCUGCCUGUCUGAUUACCUUCGAAGUCAACGGGGACUCUUUGCUGCAGAGACCCUGCUGGGCAUGUGCCUGGAUGUGUGUGAGGGCAUGGCCUACCUGGAAAAGGCCUGUGUCAUCCACAGAGACCUGGCUGCCAGAAACUGUUUGGUGGGAGAAAACCAAGUCAUCAAGGUGUCUGACUUCGGAAUGACAAGGUUCGUCCUUGAUGAUCAGUAUACCAGCUCCACCGGCACCAAAUUCCCAGUGAAGUGGGCAUCCCCAGAAGUGUUCUCUUUCAGUCGCUAUAGCAGCAAGUCGGAUGUGUGGUCAUUUGGUGUGCUAAUGUGGGAAGUCUUCAGCGAAGGUAAAAUCCCAUAUGAAAACCGAAGCAACUCAGAGGUCAAACCAGAAGACCGGCCACCAUUCUCCCAGCUGUUAAGUCAGCUGGCUGAAAUUGCAGAAUCUGGACUUUAG